ACAUGUAACUUCUGUUAAAUUGCAGUGACACCACUGAACUGUGGAGAUCUCUGGGGGAAGACCCCUUGCUUGCCACUCAAGUCCUACAGGUCCUAAUAGAAAAAAUAAAGACUUCAACAAGCCAAGAAGGAAGCGUCACCUCAGAGACUGAAACUGACAGGCAUUUGGCAGCUGCUGAACCUCUCUCAGCAACAUGUGCCAUCUUUCAGGUGGUGUCAGCACUGCAGUCGAGCAAAGCCGUGCAGGAGCUGCUCCCAGAGUUGUUUCCUGUUCUCCUGCAGCAGGUCAGCCGAACCUUAGGCCAAAAGAUGCCUUUGCCAGUGAUCAGCAGCCCGAGCCUAGGCCAAAGAGACCGACAACAUACUGAAGGCAACCCUUGCCGGUUUUCUGUCCAAGCAUUAGAAUCUGUGCUUUUCAAAGUUGGGAAUGCGAGACUGAUGAGAGAACUCAGGGAGCAGAGAACGUGGAUUCUGCUUGAAAACCCUCAGACUCACCAUGAGGGAGUGUGUCUGCUGGUGAGUGUUCUGCUAAAAUCUGAACUAGUAACACCUGAGAUCAUCCAGAACCUCCUCCCCUGGGUGAAUUCCCCGACAGAAAACUACCGAGUCACGGGCACAGCUUUCCUUGCCCAGCUAAUGAGUGAUCCCAUGCUCAGGGAGAAGAAGUUCCUUAAGAGUGUCUUACGCGUCUUGGAAGAAAGGUCACAGGAUAGGAACAGCAUUGUCCGUCAGAUGGCUGUAAGAGGCCUGGGAAAUAUAGUCGAUGGGGCGCCUGAGAAGGUGAAAAAGCACAAGAAGUUUCUUCUGGACAUACUGAUCGGGGCCUUACAUGACAUUUUCAGUUCUGAAGUCAUUGGCGAGAGCAUGAAAGCACUGGCCAAAGUCCUGAAGGAGCUGAAAGAGAAGGACAUCGGUUCUUCCUUCAGAGACCUCACCCAACAGAUCAGGACCUACUUUGACGAUGAGGAUGAUGCUCUUCGCUCAGUGGCCUUUGUCCUAUUUGGCAUCCUGGCUCAGUUGACAAAGAAAAAAUGGAAGGCCUAUUUCACCGAGGAGGUUCGAAAGAGCUGGGUCACGCUUCUGCUGCACCUGCAAGACCCAAACCCCCAGGUUUCAAUGAAAUGCAGAGCUACAUUUCACCUCUGUUUCCCGUUUUUGGGACUGAAGAGACUCCAACACAUGAUUAAUAAGCACCUUGAUGACACAGCCGAGCUGAAUCCUACAGAGCUCCAGGAGGACAUUUGCAGACACCUUGCCAAAGAGAAUUUAGAACUGCUGCAGGACUUAUACAAAACCACCCUCACGUACUUCUACAGCAGCUGGGAAGGGAUCCGGGCAGCUGCCGCCAAGUUAGCUGGCAUCAUCCUGGAACACAUAGACAUUUACCUUAUGAAAUGGCUGUACCGGGGAUAUCUGCUGAAGUAUCUCCGGGUCCUAGAGAAAGAUCCAAGUCCCACUGUCCAGCUGGUGGCAACUGAGAUCAUAAGUGACAUCCGUUCUGGUGGAGUGCUUGAGGAAUGAAGCGGAAUGGAGACAAACAGAACAAGGCACUCCAGUAGUAUAAGGGCCCUACCAUUAAUCAAAUGUUAAACCCACCCCUUUACUCAAUAAGCCCUGCCCACCAGUCAUCGGAAGCCCCAACCCAUGGGGUAUUACUUCUGGGGCCAAGGCGGACACAUGACCGGAAGCAAGAUGUGUCAUGUGACCCCUCUAAGAACUCCUCCCACUGUCCUCUACCAAUCAGGAUGGGUUUCACCCCGAUAGGAAUGCCCCGAGAGAAGAUUUGACCAAUCAGGGGGAGUUCCGGGGCAGGUGACCUGUACAGAAGUGAUUUGUGUGACCCCUCUAAGAACUCCUCCCACUGCCGUCUACUGAUCAGGAGGGGUUUCAGCCACUGGGGAUCACUCCAAGAGGAGAUUUGACCAACUGAGGGGAAUUCUGGGGUGGGGUGACCUGUCCGGAAGUGCUUCAUGUGACCCCUCUAAGAACUUCUCCCAUCACCCUUUACCAAUUGCGAUGGGUUUCAGCGGCAGAGGAUUGCCCCAAGAGGAGAGUUGACCAAAAUAGGGUAGGUUCUCGGAAGGGGUGAACCGUCUAGAAGAGGGUCGUGUGACCCCUCUAAGAACUCCUUCCAAUGCCCUCUGCCAGUCGGGGUGCAGCACCAUCACCCCAUAAGUCCCAGCGCUGGGCAGAGGAGGCCAUCUCUUACCACGAAGAUGUGUUUUAUGAAUUGUGGAAAGGCUGAGAGGAGACAUGGACUCCUUUACCACCCCCCUGAGAACUUCGGACUUUGUUUUAGCCCUGAGGACCUUUGGGCUUGUAUGGAUAAAGCGCUAUAGCAGUGACAGUUCCGAGGAGGGCCCUUUGACUUGACCAUUGAUAGAUACCUCGGAACCCGACCCAGAACUCUCGUGACAGGGCCGGCUCCAGACACCAGCCCACCAAGCACAUGCUUGGGGCAGCACCUUGGGACAGGGCGACACUUGAGCUCGACGAUGCCUUUCAAGAGGUCUUUGAGAACUUACACAUCGGUAGCCCUGUUGUGCAUCAGCUGUUUUUGCUCCUGUCUGAGACGCAGAUCUCGAGAGGAAAAUCCAGAAAAGGACAAAAUAGAAGAAUGAAUCAGCUCAGAGUCCCUCGUUGUAGGGGUCAUGGUGUCCAUUUUUACAGGCGGCUGUCAAAGAUAUUGUAGAACACCAGUUUGUGGGGGAUUUUUCUGUUCCCCUGUUACGCUGUGUCCCUGUCUAAGGAAGGAACAAGGAGUUUGUCACCAUCACCUACGAUAAACCUCAUUACGUUCCUGUCAGAAAAAACCACAUCGAUACCAUUACCAUUGAAAUAAAGACAGAUCAGAACAGACACGUCUUAUUUCGCUUUGGCAAGGUGAUCAUCAAGGUGCACCAGUGUCCCCGGAGAGAGUAAGGUUUCUAAAAAGCAACACAUUAUGGCGAUCCUAAAAAAUUACAGCGACCCCACCAUCUACAGGAACUAUUACAAAGCCCAGACGAGAUAUGCCCUUCCUGGAUGUACGGGGCUGGCGUGGGUGGAAUAUUCUGUAACCAAGGCUCUGCAACCAGGCUUCGAGGCAGGACGCUGCGUGAGAGAAUACAUGAAUCUGGUACAGACAGCUGAUAAACACAUGAAAGAUCGUUCUCUGUUAAUCAACCGUGAGGAGUUUGCACAGGGUUACAUCUUGUUUGCCUUUGACCUGUCUCCCGACCAGGAAUGCGCCGAUCACUGUUCCCUGAUUAAAACUGGGAACCUGAGAGCAGAAAUAGGUUUGGGGAUGGCUUUAACCAUCACCGUCAGUAUGAUCGUGUAUGGGGUUUUUGACAACGUCAUAGAGACAAAUCAGAGAAGAAAUGUUCUGCUUGGCUAUAUGUGAACAUGGGCACCGUGCAGCUCUCACGUGUCUCAUCAACGACCUCUUACACAAAAAAGAAUCCCCUUAUGAUUGGCUCCCUGGCAGCAAUCUGUCUCAGCGACCCUUAGGUUUAGUGGUCAACACGCAUCCAUGUAACCAAUCUGGUGAAUCCUGGCUCACCUUGUAUCUGGCGAAGUGUAACCUUGGAGAGUUUUUUGACUCAUACGGGCACCUCCCCGAAUAGCGUGUUGUUUCCUAAAAGCUUCAUGACAUUUUUAAACAAAAAUGCCACAGACAAUGUGUUUCACAAUAGACAAUUACAAGACCCUCACUCUGUCGCCUGCAGCGAUCACUGCGUGUUUUUUUACAUCAUCGUGGCAAGGGUUUAUCUUUUGACCAGAUUUUAAACUUGUAUUCUGACGACUUAGUGCAAAACGACCGGAUGGUGAUGAAUUUUGUAAAAACUAAAUUUAAAUUCUUGGGCAUAUCUAGCCUUGCUCAAAACAUGUUUCAACAAGCAUAUCUUGCAAUGAUUUUUAUAGCCAUGUUAUUCAGUACUCUCAGGCAUAACAGACAACGUUUGUUUGGCAUUAUCCAACACAUUUCUUGUAAAGUAACUUUUCCCUCAGUUGCUAGGCCGCACAAGAAUUGCAGAAAAGGGGUGUUUCCACCUCGGAUCCAUUUUAAAAGCCGUAGGACAGGGUUUUAAACUCUUCUUCUAGGACCCUCUUGUUGGAAACGACUUUCUGUGUUUUCUUAAGGGUUUUUGUCGUCUCUAUUUGCCACUGAUUUUUGUUCCUUAUGAUAGAGGGCUGCUGCACCUCUAUCUUUUUGGAGGUGUUUUCUCACAGGCCUGUGCAAUAGUCCAGGACUAGAUCUUUCAAACUGUGGAAGUUGAUCUUUUCACAGUUUGCUACGUUCAGGGUAAUACCUUUGACUUUCAUACAGGCCUUUCCUCCCGACAGCUUACACCCGUAUGUUUUCGGGCCUGCCGACACAAACUCGGUGAUGUGUUGAUCUGGUGGGAUCUUGCUCGUUAGGUCCCCUAAAUAAUCCCGCAGAGGGGGAUUCCAGUCACCCUCCCUUUUCACAAAUAUCACCAAGUCAGUGUCAUGGUACGGGCACCACUCUUGCAACCUAUCUAGCAGGUUGUAUAGUUCUAAGCGGGCAUAAGCAGUGGUGAAAGAGGCUAUGAAAACACUGGUAUUUCCAGAGACAGAGUACCGGUCUUUUGCAUCCUUCCAAGACACUCAUGCUGUUUCAUCGUCGAUAAACUCACAGGAUGAAACCUUGUAGUUGGGGCAAAACAGGUACUGAAAGAGUUCGUCAGGGUCUCUCACGCUGCUGGUAUUAGGUAGGUUUGUGGAGCAGAGAAUAUUAUUAUUACUAUUAUAAAUCACAUGAAACUGUCUUGUAAACUUAAAAAUAAAAUAUUCAUUAGGGUAUUUUUCUAUUUAAAAAGUCAUAGCUUUAAAACAAAAUAAUCCAUUUCAGGCUGUACAACAAACAGGAGUUUUGAGUUUAUUUCUACCACUUUAAAACAACAAACCCACAAACUUUUUUUUAAACACACCUCAUUUUGCAAAAUAAAAACCAAACUGCUUUUAAAAUCAACUUUUAAAAUCCAGUUUAAAACAUUUUGCACACUAAAAAAAAAACCUUGUUAGUUUGAAACACACCAUUACCAUCAAUUUGCAGCCAUAUACUUUAAAAAAAAAAAAAGCCCACCUAUGUUUUACAGAGAGAGAGUUUAAAACACAGUUUGCAACAAAAUAGUUU